UGCAGAAAUACGGUUCAGAGCGCGUUUCUGAUUGAUUUCUAGAUCGCAUUUGCAAUAUGGACUAAUACCCUCUGUUUAUACCUUGCACGAAUACUUCUGCUAAAGUUUGUCCUGAAAGUUGGCAGGAGAGCGUAUACGCUCGACGCAUGCGCGCUGACCGCACUCUCCAGCACCAAAUAAGAGUUACAGAGAAACGAGGUGAGUUCCAUAAAAUCCAAAUAAUUUCUUCGUUUUAAAACAUUGGAUACUAACAACCGCCGCUUGCAAAAGGACAUGCCUUGUUUUACAGUUUGCAUGGAGUUUGGUUUAUGACGUCGCCUUUUAAAGAUGGGAAUAUUUGUAAUGAUGACGUUCCCUGAAAGAUGGCAGAAAAGCCCCCAGCCGAUACCUCAAGCUCGGAGACGGACUUCGACAUGAUGAGCGCCUUGGACUGGCAGAAUGGCAUUGCCACCCUUCCUGGCAGCGACAUACGGUUUCGUAUGAAUGAAUUUGGAGCUCUGGAGAUCAUUACAGAUGGGGAGAUGGAAGCUGUGCAGGCAGCUGCCAUGGCAACAGAGUCUUCAGACCCCUCUCCUGCAGACAAGCCCACCUCUCCUGAGGAGGGCGUGGCAGGCGGCACAGCCGUCGUGGAGUCUGCAGAGCCCGUCCACCUGGCCCCCAGCAUCGUGACCCCGGAGGAGGCCCCCAGUGUGGAGGUGGUGUCCUGUGGUACCUGCGGGGCCUCUGGCACCUUCGAGAACUUCGAGGGCAAGUUCUGCAGCAAGGCCUGCUUUCAGUCACGCAACAACAGCAGCAGCAGCAGCAGCAGCAGAGCCAGCCCGGUGGAGCAGAAGAACGGAGAGACGGCCAGCAAUCCCAGCAACGAGAGCGCGCGGCCCCUGAAACGCAUCCGCAGGAAGAGGAAGCUGCUCACAGAGUCGGACGAUGAGGAGGUGGAGAAUCCAGAGGAGGAGGAGGAGGAGGAAAAGUCCAAAGUUGGAAAAGGACGCAGAGCAGCCAAGCAGACAAAGCUAGUGGCCACAGCCUCUGGGAAGAAGAAGGUAUGGAGCUGGCCGGCUUACCUGGAGGAGGAGAAGAUGAUCGCUGUGCCUCUGAAACUCUUCAAGGAGCACCAGUCGUUCCCUCAGAGCCGCAAUGGGUUUAAAGUGGGUAUGAAGAUGGAAGGGCUCGACCCCCUGCACCCUUCCAUGUUCUGCGUGCUGACUGUGGCUGAGGUGCAAGGCUACCGGAUCCGGCUGCAUUUUGACGGAUACCCGGAAUGCUAUGACUUCUGGGUGAAUGCAGACUCCUGGGAUGUGAAGCCAGCAGGCUGGUGUGAGAAAACCGGGAACAAGCUGCUUCUUCCAAAGGGUUGCAAGGAUGGCGAGUUUAACUGGAACACCUAUGUGAAGAACUGCCGGGGGCAGACCGCCCCUAAGCACCUCUUCAAGAGCCUCAACACAUCCGUGACACCCUCAGGGUUCCGGCCGGGGAUGAAGCUGGAGGCGGUUGAUAAGAAGAACCCGUUUCUGAUCUGUGUGGCCAGCAUCGCCGCUCUGGUGGACAACCGUCUGCUCAUCCACUUCGACAACUGGGACGAGAGCUACGACUACUGGUGUGAAGCCAGCAGUCCCUACAUUCACCCAGUGGGCUUCUGUCAGGAAAUGGGGUUAACCCUUACAGCGCCAGCAGAGUACAAGCACCCGAAAAGCUUCUCCUGGGAGAAAUACUUAGAGGAGACGGGAACCCAGGCAGCCCCGGCAAGAGCCUUCAAACAGAGACCCCCCCAUGGCUUCCAGGAGAACAUGAAACUGGAGGCCGUGGAUAAGAGGAACCCCAUGCUGAUUCGCGUCGCCACCAUCGCUGCCACAGAGGAACAUCGCCUUAAGAUCCACUUUGAUGGCUGGAGCCAGGAGUAUGAUUACUGGGUGGAUGCAGACUCCCCUGACAUUCACCCUGUCGGCUGGUGUGCCAAGACUGGGCACCCCCUGCAGAACCCGCAGGGACCGGUCGACUCCAGCACUCCCCCGGGACAGGGCUGCCCCACGCAGGGGUGUCACGGAAUCGGGCACAUCAAGGGACCCCGCUACGGAACACACUACACUGCGGUAAGCUGCCCAUACUCUGAAAUCAACCUGAACAAGGAGGGGCUUCUUCCGGACCGGCUGAUUGGAGAGAAGCCGCCCACACUGGCAGGGCCACAGAAAGGAAAAAGAGUGGAAGCGCCGGCGCCGACGCCCACUGUGCCAGAGCCCUCGGACGACUCUCCACAGUCCAGGAAGUCGUGGAGCACAGAGAGCGAGCGGUCGGGCCGCAACAGUGCCCAGUGCCUCCCUGAGCAGACGCCGAGCACCGAGGAGAGGACAGAGGGCACCGGAGAGCCCAGCGAAAACGGCAUCAAGGCCAGAAAGACUGGUCCAAUUCCCAAAUGUUUGAAGCUGCACCUGGUAAAACAAGAGCUGGGAGAUGGAAAAGAGACAGCGCUGAGUCUGCAGGAGGCGCUCCACGAGUCAGUGUUCAUACCUCCCUUCUCCUCGAACCCGGCUCACCGCAUCCAGGUGUGCUGGGAGCAGCACUGCAGGUUGCUCCCUGAGGUGCUGGGGCUCACCGCCAAGGGAGUGGCAAAGUGGACCAUUGAGGAGGUGGCCAGCUUUGUUCAGGGAUUGCCUGGAUGUAGAGAACAUGCUACAGUUUUCAGGAAUGAACAGAUAGAUGGGGAGGCUUUCCUCCUGCUGACCCAGGCAGAUAUCGUGAAGAUCCUGGGCAUCAAGCUGGGGCCGGCACUCAAGAUCUACAACUCCAUUCUCAUGUGCAAGAGCGCCGACGAGGAGUGAGGCGGCAGGCGGCCAGGUUAAUGAACUCUGAGCGAGCAAACACAACUGGAGCUGCUAGAACACUCCACCCCUUGAGAAAAGAACAAAACACUUAGACCUCACUUCCACAAACUUCUCAUACACAGCCCUUUCAUCCUCCUAAGAGAAACUCAGAAACCAUGUAAAACUGUCCAGUUCAGCCCAUCACUUAAACAGGGGGAGGAAAAGCACACAGGCAAUGCUGUUCCAGGUAAAGUUCCUGUGUGUCUACACAGGUUGCUUUGUUCUGUACCUGUUUUAAACACCAGAUGGUGGUAGAGGGCUGUUUUGAAGUAAGCGCUAGUGCAAAGGCACGUUUUCAAAGAGGAACAAAACCAGCGAGGCACAAAUCAGAACAAUAACUUACUUGCAUCUUCCUGAUACAAAGAGAUUUCUUGCUUGUUUUAAACUGUUGCAAUGGUCUUUGCACUCGAUUCAAAUUGGAGAGCUGUGACCUGCUAUCAGUUCUGGAUUUGUAUUCAUCCUGUCGUCUGUGUCUGUCUUGAUGAAAAUGAUUCAACUCAAGUGUAAUCCAGGUGAUUAUUGACCCAACUGUUCUCUGAAACUGUCAAUGUGCAAAGAGUCUAUUCAGCAUAUGAGAAAGAUAACCUCAUACACACAAAAUUAACUUUUAUGGAAUGUAAUUUCAAAUAGUAAGUCAGAUGUCAUUUUAUUUGCUUUUUCCCUUACUGUUUGGUAUUGGCAGUCAUUACCCCUCUACAUAUUGUCAUAUUGUCGCAUGAUGUGAAUGGACGAGGAAGUCUGCUCAGUCUUGGCACAUAGGAUUCUCCAGACAAGCUCAAAGCCAGGUACAGGCAAAUUUAGAAUGAAACAAAGAGAGAACUUGAUAUUGUAGCAACAGACUCCAGAACUACGCAGAACGAUUGCAACACCAUUAAUAGUUAGGAACGUUCAACGACUAUUUAAAUGACGUUUGACAGAAACAGUAGGCAAACGUUUCAUGAAUUGAAUCAAACAAAACCAGCAUUACAGAAAUAAGGUGGGCGUUUUGAAAGUUUUGCUUAAAGGGAUCUCUGUUUUCACUCGGUGUGAGGUUUGACUGGCUAAUCCAAGCCCUAGGCCUGUUUUCCCAAUGUGUCAGUUAUACGCUUCUGCAAUUCACUUUGGAAUUCAUAUAGCACCUUUCAGGGCAAUUUCUUCCCAAGGCACAUUGCAAGAGUCAUAAUUAAAUAUUAAAUCAAUUAAAAUAAAUAAAUAAAACUAAUAUUUUUUAAUCUCCUAUACAUCCCAACUCAUAAAUAACUAACAAGCCACAAGCUAAUUAAUUAGGAAAAAGUCUUUUCAGAAGAGAUGCCAUUUGAACACCGUCCUAGACUAUGAAUCUGACAGGAAGCGUCAGGGAACUUCAGGAGUUCUGGGUAAAAAUAAACCCUUUUAAAGACUGAAUAACUUCAGGUGUAGUUCUAGUGUCCACAGCUCUGUUACUCCAGGUUUAAGCUGUAUUCAUUUAAGUUGUCUGGCUUUCAGAAAACGUUCCUUCCUUCUAAGUGACUGGCUAUAAUUUAAUCAUUGCAGAUUGACCACAAUUCCACUUGAAUUCAAUAUGAAACGCUACAGGCAUAGCAACAACUAAUGCACUGGGAUUCCUUGGAAUUUGCAUCCAUUAUUUUAUAGUGUAAAAGAUACAACUGUAGCAACUCGGAAUCUCGAAAAUGGUAAGGGAACGAUUUAGGAGAGAAAUUCAAAUGGAAUAUGAAGCUGUAUCCUCUUUCAAUAGACAGACAUUAUAGUUAUGAUGUUUUAUUCAUUAGGUUUGGGGUAUGUAGAACCACCCACCCCCUGUGAAAUCCCCCUUUAUAAUGAGCAAAUUGAGUAGCGCCCGACUCCUGUUUCUCUGGUCACACUUACAGAAGGCUAAGGAGGUUGUGGUAUUAGUAAGAUGAACCAUUUAUUAAAGUUCAGAGCACAUUUACCUGGGCUGAUUUGCUCAAGUCGCUGUUCAUUUCAGUAAUACAUCUAAAUGAAUGUAGUUUGGAAACCCAAGGCAGGGCGCCAGGCCCCGGCAAGCUUUCUUAUUCUGGACAUAGUCGACAACAUCUUAGCCAGAUAUACUGGAGCAAGCAAAACCGAAUGUUACAAUACAUUCUAAAUGUACCUCCCAGGAGCCUGUUCUGUGAAAUCAGAACGCAAAAAAGAAAAGGCACAUUUACUGUACUCGCUGAAUAUUAUUAUUAUUGAGAUUGAAAAGCAAGCUUUUUACUUUGAAUAGUGGUGUUCACAGUUUAGUUGGGUGUCUGUUCAAAUUGUUAAUAAUUGUAGAAGAAAACAUUAUUUUAUAUAUAUAGAUUGAGCUGAAGAAUUUGUGGUUUGCAACUUGUACACUUAAAACUCUUAUAUUUGUUUGUUUGUUUAUUUAUUUAUUUAUUUAUUUUUUAUUGAUCGGCUUUUCAACCAAGCUCAUUUUGGCUUGGAUAAGUGGACAAUUUGCUUCAAAAUAUCAUACAAAACUUGCUUUCAAAAUGUCACACUUAAUGCCACUUGUCACACCUCCCACCACCUUACCCAAGCUAUGGCACUUACUGCUUCUCUGUUGCUUUGUGACUCCUGUGUAUGAACCAUGAGUUCACUUCCUGUGCAGCAGGUAUUAGAACAGCACCUGAGCCCAAAGUUCUGUAGUUCAUGCUUAGGUAGACAUUCUCGACUAACGCUGUCACGUGACAUUUACAUGUUUGUUUUUUUUUUUUUUUAGAUGUUCUGUAAGGGACAACUUUGUGAAACAUUUAAAAACCGAGUGAGCACCUUGAAAAACUUUUUUUUUUUUUUUUUUUUAAUCUGUGAAAGUCUUUUGAACAUCUUUGCCGAGAGAAUUUGCAUACCCAUUCAAUGUUCAAAUCCUAAUCCUCGAACAAAGCCUUGAUGAAGAGGCCCUUCUUUUAAAAGUGUCGCCACAUGCACAUUGAGGUUUAGUAAUUAAUCAAGGGAGUUUAGCUGGGGAGGCUCAAUGAGCUGCAGUUUUGUUCGUGUCCAGUAGGCUGCGCUGUUGUACAGUUACACAUACACCGUUUCUUAAAUGCUUAUAUAUGCUGUUGUGUUGUAACUUUUUUUGUAUUUGUUUUAUUUUAUGAAAUGUGUAUUUAAAAACACACAACACUUCUCAAAUUGAAUGUUUAAAAAAAAAAAAUAAUAAUCUGCCUCACACAAAAACUGUGAAUUAGUUUAGGGAGGAGGGCAGGACUUUUUGUUAUGUUUUUAUAUUUAAUGUACUUAAAACACAGACAUAGGAAUGACAAUGUAGGUAAGCUAUACCUCGUCGUUUUAUAGUUUCAGAGGAUCUACUUGCACAGCAUUAUUCUAAACGAGAUUGUAUACAAUGAAUUGCUGGGUAUAUUUUGUAUGAAAUAUGUUUUUUUGGGGGGUGGGGGGAUUUACUAUUAUUAAUAAUUUGUCCUCAGGACUGUAACUGUGUUUGUGUAAAUGCUAAUGCAAGUAUCUGAUUUAUUGAACCUGCAGCUUUAGAGAAGGGUUUAAAAGGGGAAUCUAAGCGUCUGCUCCUGGUAUUUCCUGCAUACAUUUUGCAGAACCCAGAGAUGUACUAAACAGUAUAGCAAACUGAUUUCCCUUUUCUAAGAAAUACCGCAGUUCUCUUUAAAAUAAAUAAAAUGAAAACGCAGUUACAUGAUUUGUCCACCAGGUGGUACUGUGAUAACAAAAAAUCCUUUAGAAAUAAAGGUACAUUAAAAA